AUGGUAUUCGCUGCUGUGGCAGCUGUAGGUUUAUAUUUUCUUUUUAAGAGUAGGUUAUCAGUCACCAAAGAAGAAAUAAUUGAUGUGGACACUUUGCACAAAAAAUUAGAAAAAGAAAUAAUUGAACUAAAAAAACAAAAAAAAAAUCAUUUGGUACAACCAACUGUUGAUGAUUUUUGUGAUCAAAUUUUUAAAAUAUGUAAUGAAGGUAAAAAUAAAUAUACAAUCGAUUUACAUGGUUUAUUUGUAGCACAAUCAUUAAAAUAUUUAAAUGAAAGAAUUUAUAAUUUAAAUAAAGAAAAAUAUACUGGUACACUAGUGGUGAUUACAGGCAAAGGAAAUCACAGUAAAGACAAUCUUGCUAAAAUCAAACCUAGUGUAAAGGAAUUUUUAAAAAAGAAUAAUUUUCAGUUUAAAGAAAUGGAUGGUUCAUUUUCAGUUUCUUUAGAUAAAUCAAAAGUUACCCUUUUAAAAUAA